AUGAACAACUCAAGAGCAGACAGUAAGUGGAUUAGGGAUGGAUCUAAGUAAUUUAUUUCUGUUUAGAUGAAAUAUUUCCUCUUUCUCCCCGUUAGCACCCCUCCUUUAAGUCCUACUUUGAACCAUAAUCAAGGUUUUACCGUGAAUCCACCUGAGUGAGCUACAAUGAGCUAUUUUCUACCAAAAUGGCUAUAAAGUUUGCUUUGUUUUUCUCUACAUCUAGGUUUCCACCAACAUGACUGGAAUGUUACAGUUGUGAGAGUCAGCUCCACAGAGAUGGAAGUGAGUUGGUCUCAGCUGAAUACUUACCACUCAAAUUCUUCCUACAUAUACGGUUAUGUUGCUGCCUUACACAUGAUGAGGAGUGGUAUUGGUGACAUACUUUUGCUGAAUGUGACAAAUGCUCCUUCCGCGAAUAGAAGUUUCUCCUUCCUGAGUACGGUGGUGAGUGGUCUUAGACCUUACAUGAAGUACAGAGUGAAAGUUGUGGCUCUUGUCAGAGAACAGAUGACAGGUGUUAUUUCAUUGAAAAGUAGCCCAACUAAUGAUAUUGAAACUCUAGAGGGCGGUGAGUGAAUUCUUUGAUCUUUUAACCAUGAUUAUUUAUAAUGUUGAGACUGCAACAUUUGAAUAACCCCCCCAAAAAAAAUUGCUAUAUGCGGGUAGAUAUAAUGAAAAACCUAUACAUAGACUCUGCACCUCCUCGUUGCGUUAUAUCCGUUUCUUUAUGCAUUACGUCACUAACUUUGCAAAGGUAAUGAUUGGCAAGAACGGGCGUUUUCAUGGGCCACGUUCGUGAGAAGAUGAGUUUUGUGUCGUGAAACAGUCUUCCAUGAAGAUUUGUGAAUGGAAAUGUUAAAUGAGUUUGCGAGCUAGCUAGCGUUUCAUUUCGAUGGCACAAAGUUCAUGAUAAAGACGGAUUGAGUCACGCUUUUUUUUUUCUCGAUGAUAUACCCAGCUCUGAAUACGAGUGUAAAAACAUAAGCAUGGUAGACAUGCUGAGCCUUCAAGAGUUACUUUUUAAAAUAGGUAAGUUGGGAUGAGACACCUAGACAAAAAAGCGAUUCCACUUAAUAAUAAUCUAAGAAAGGAGGAACUCAGGAAAAAUUGAUUGUCUGUUCACUAGCCCACUAAAGCAAAAGUGAAAGAGGCAAAAUUUAGGAACAACAUGUUUGCUGCAUCGUGUAGUCUGAUCGUUCUAAUCUUCCCGAUGAGAGUAGUCCGAAAAAGGCGCAUGACGAUAGCGGUGAUUGACGUCCACGUAACCCCUAGUUACUUACUGUUGCAGUGAAUGAGAUGACGCCCACAAUUUAGGGACCACUGAGUUACUAAGACUCCACCAUUUUGGAAAAUAACUAAUUGCGAGAUAACAUUACAUUUCAGUAACGUAGCUUCCAAGUAUUUUAAAAAAUUUCUACGCUUGUGCAAAUAGGUGUGUUUCGCUUGGAUAAUCUGUUGUCUUAGUACUUCCAUACACAAACAUAACAAAUGUAGACAUGCAUGCUUAGAUUCGAAAAACACAGCACCUGCAGUUAAGAUGUGGUCGAUAAAAAAGCAAAAGAAAAAAGCGGUAAUCAAAUACGUAACAAACACAAGCGAUUCUGUGGAAAUAAUUCCCAUUUUCUCCUGUGAUGGGGUUUUUUUUAAGCUGCCGACAAACUGCACACGAUGCCGCAUAUGAUCCUUGCGAGAAAGUCAAAUGAUUUUCCAGAUAUUCUUAGUUUUGAUCCGGGAACUUUGUUGCGAUAUGGAUACAUUAAAUCAAUUAAUUGGAUAAUGAAAUAAGCUAUAUCUUUCUGUUCCUCGUUAAUUUUUAUAAAUAUAUUGAAUUGUUGUAUUACCGCCUGUCUAAGAAACGACUUGUAUUUUUGCAGUACCCUUGCGUGAGCCUUCGUACAAAAGCGCCUUCGCUUUGGAUCAUCAGAGUAUUUUUGUGAGUUGGUAUGCCCUGCCACAAGAAGAUACGGGUGGCAUUCUACGAGGAUACAGAGUGUUUUACCGUGAGAACAAGAACUACCUUUAUAAAAAUGUUACUGUGGGGCCAGAACAGCUGCAGGUUUUGCUAACUGAUUUAAAGCCUGGCACAGAAUAUGAAAUUUACAACAGAGCGUUUACAUCUGUAGGAGAAGGUCCAAAGAAUUGGAUUUGGAUCAGAACACGUAUGUUUUUUAGUGUCAUUAUUUCUUAUUGGUUAUUUUAAAACAUAAACUUGAUCACGAGUUAGAAAAUUUGGUUUCUCGUUGCUAACAUUAGUUUUCAAAUGAUCACACCAGAUGGGAAUCUCGUCGACACGCCUAUAGUCACAUAUUCAUUUAAUAUAAUUUUUUGUUGUAUUAUUAUUUGCAAAUUGUUCUGACACGACAGUUGAGUGAAUUGAGUAUUUUUUAGAAUAAUAUUUUGACUGUUUUAUUCACUUUCACUUUGUUAGAAUGGAUCAGUUGUUGUUUAUUUACUGUAUUUUCAUUCGACGCGCUUUACUCGACUAAGUAAUACGACAAACAAAUCAAAUCCGAAUGAUACGAUAAAGUUUACUAGGAUUUCAUUAUUAAUCUUAAUAAUGUUUUGAUUUAUCUAAUACAUCAAAGAAUGUAGAGCACUCAUUUCUGGUCACUUUGGCGAGAUUACUAGUCCUGGGUUUCCUUAUUACGUCGACUGGAGUGAUUGCACUUGGAACUAUAUUGCUCCUGACAACAAUUCAGUAGUCCUGCUGACAUUUGAACAUUUCAACCUACCGUUAACGUGGAACUGCAGGUAAAACAAUUACGUAAGCCAGGACAACGAAGGUUUCUCUUCUUGAUAACCUUUACUCUUUUUAGCGUUGAGUUAGUGACGUGUCACUUUCUCUAAAUAAAGUUACUGGGGUCGGCGAUGUACCACUAGAAAAAAAAAACCUGGUGAAGGUAAUGCAUUGGUAGAUUUGAGUGGCUAAAUGUGAGGCGUUUGUUGAUUCCAUGGAACGUCAAAGUGCCGAUUUGAAAGAUAAAGUCGCGACUUUGGGAUGCCCUAGUGGAGAAGAAAAUCAAAGACAAUAGUUCCAACAAUAUCAUGUAAGGGGAAACCGCCCUCAUUAAAAUCAACUUCGUAAAAUUACCAUAGACCAUGAACAAUGCAAACAUAUCAUAAAAGUAGAAGAUAAGUGAUUGCACUACGAAUUAUGCAAUGGCUCAGUAAAUUACUGAGAGCUAGUUAUUUUACUUUUAUUCAUGGUUUCGUAACAUCUCAGGUAAAAUUAAUGUGUUAAAAUUCUCGUUGCAUCCUAUGUUCUUUAGUAAAAUUCCUGACAGCCAGUUUUUUUUUUUAAUCUGAAUUUAGUUGAAAUGGCAGAAAGUCUUAUUUACAUUUCAUUAGCGAAUUUUCUAGAACUCUCGAUGGGAUAACUGAGACACGUGAAAUUUACGUGUUAUUAUUUUUCGGUAACCUAGACUCGUGUAUAAUCAUUCAAGGCUAUAUUUAUCUUAAUAUCAGGGGGGAGUGGAACCCAGCAGAAUGAAAAGUUACCUUCAGUGCCGUUUGAUAGUUUGAAGAGUCUUAAAAAAUUGGGUUUACACUUAGCUGAAAAGCCAUCUUUCAUCUCGUUAUGGAAUUUAAAAAACUCAAGGUAAACCUAUGUGUUUUGUGCAACGUGCAACGCACUUUAAUAAGAAAAGAUAAUUCUCCAUGUAAACUAAAUAUGUUCCUAAACGAGGUAGCUCUGAAGUUGACGUAGAAAUAUGACAACUUCCAAGCUUCUAGGUCUCGUGUGCUUACGUGUAUACAGCUGUUUCGAAUGAGGUUCGGAAAAAAGGACACAAGUACAAGCUCCAAUCUUCAGAGAAAAUCUGGGUAUCUGGUAAACAAUGAAUUUUAAGUAAACUAAAUCAAUUCAUCAAACCCGCGAUGCCUCGUCCUUACAGUGACACUUUCUCAGGUUUCCCUCAAAUCUUGAGGUAAAGGAACCAUGACCUGAAAACAACCCACAAUACCUUUCAGAGUUUUCGCGUGCACUCUUGUGCCUUUUUUUCUGACAACCUCUCUCAAAACAGCUCUAUACGAGUUGAAAGCAUAAAGGAAUCUUUUUCAAUAGGCUUUUUUACCUGGAGAUCAAUAAAGGUCAGGAAGUCGAAAAAGUAUGUGGCAGAAGGAUAGGAUUAACAGUUUUUUGGGAAGGUCCUUCCUUACACCUGCGUUACUAUUCGAGUCGCCGGACGUCUUUAGCAACAGGAUUUAAGGUCCAAUAUCACAUACUCAACAAGUCAUUCACCGAAGGUCAGUUUAACUUUAUAACUAAAUGUUUAAGGGAGACCAUCUAGUAACAUAAGAUUGUUAGAGAAACAUCCCACGAUACCUUUUGUUUAAUUCUAUCUUGAGUAAAGAGUCAGCCUGAUAUCACUCGAAUUUUUUUGUUUUGACCCGUAUAUAGCCCCUCGCAUACAAGGUUGGAAUAUAACUGCUGAGAGCGUAUCCUCGACAACAGUGUUGGUGAAAUGGCCAAAUGACACCUUUUCUCUUUCGAUGAAUGAUUUUUACGGCUUCGUCGCCGCUUGCAGAGCUACUGAAAUCAAAGAGACCUUACGUUUAGCUGCAGCAAAUUCUUCGUCCAUUAGUACUUUGGUUCAAAGGCUUGUGCCGUACACAGAAUACAGGGUUCAAAUGAUUGCCUUGUCCAAAGGUAAAAGAAAUGGAUCGAUUUCAAUGAGAAGCAGCAGUGUUGUGGUACUCAGGACAAAUGAAGAUGGUGAGGAAUGAUUAAUUUUUAACAAUGAAAGAACGUGGGUGUGCACGAAGCAGCAGACACUCGCGCUUAAAGUCGACCUUUUUCCAAAAAACAACGCUUAGGCAACACGAGUCGACAGUUGGUAAAAGUCAAGGAUAUCUAUGUCGUAUUUCUUGAUAAAGGAGAAAAUUUGCUCUGUGUGUCAUUUGAUCCUAUUAUCCUACGGUCUCGCCAUUGAGAGGUAUAUAAGGAAAUGUACUUAUCACCGAGUUUUGAGUUUCAUAAGAGUUUCUUGUCCUUUCGAAAACUAUCUAAAACGCACUUUGAAAACAACUCAGCGGUCCGUCCUCAGUUAUUAACCUUGCUGUUUGCAUUAAGCUUCCGUUCAGUUUUAAUACAAUUGAUACACUUCGAAUUCAGCCAUGCUCUGAGUUGUUCAGAAGGAUUUCUCUUUUAAAUUUUAACCUUGAAUCUUGUUGUGCUUCAAGUUUUGAUUCAAAGUAACGAUCUCCAAAUUUGUAAUUCUUUUCGUUACAAAGGAUUCUAUUUUAUUUUACCUUAAUAGUUUAAUUUAUUUUCUUAUAAUGUUUGUUUGUUAUAUUCGUAGUUCCUUCAAAGCCGCCAAGUAAUGUCUCGGGACACGGCACAAAUUCUACAACUAUUCGAGUUACGUGGUCUCUCAUAAAUAAAGAUGAUAUCCGAGGAGAGCUUCAAGGUCACCUGGUUCGGUAUAAAGAGGCUUGGACACAAGAGAGCUAUUACAAUAUGUCAGUUGGGCCUCUAGUUUCGUCUGUAACCUUAAAAGGCCUGAAAGUUUUGACACUAUACAGAAUCUACCUUGCCGGGUUUACGAGAGCUGGUGUUGGAGUUCAAAGUCGGCCACUUUUUGCCAAAACUGGUACGUGAAGAAAGAUUUUGGAUAUAAAAAUACUUUGAUUCGCUUGAGAACACUGUUUGCUAGUUGCAUGUACAUCAAAUUGUCCAAAAAAGCCUUUCCCCCAGUAAAUCGUUCACGUCAUUUACUUUCUCUUUUUUUAACCCUCUCACUCAUUCCAUUGAAUUAAUCAUUGGCAAAAUGUCAUUCAUCACUUUUUAACUUUAUUUUUUCGAUAUUUUCCAGGUUGUCUGUCUAUUUUAGCCAGCGAUGUCAGAGAAUUUGCCAGUCCUAACUAUCCCAGUAAUUAUCCAAGUAAUGCCAACUGUACUUGGGUAAUAGGUGAAGGAAUGGAGUUAAGAGAAACAAAGGUCAUACUUUUCUUCGACUAUUUGCACACAGAAGGUGUUGGUACUCCCUGCAGGUAUUUUUGAAUUUGAAAGAUUGCAUAAUGAUAACAACUUACUACAGCUGCAGAAGUUUUUUCGAGUAAAGAGCAAAUAGUCUGGGGAUAGAAUGACUCUGAUUUGCGGUCGCGACAACGAGUUGUCAUUUUUUUGGCAAAUCGCGUGAAAAUGGGACGCCGCUGGUAAUCAAUUUUCAUAAUCAAUAAUAAAGCUUUGCGCUCCAUUGCAUUGUGAGGCAUUCGGCAAGGUUGUGUAAAGCUUAAGGAAAAAGCACGUUAGUCGUGGUUAUCUGCUACAAAGUUGUCACAUUUCCUAUGGAAAUUAAAAAGAAUUCUUGCUGUAAGAAAUGCGAUCUUUCGACUUUAGUCCAGAAUCUGGAAACAAAAGACUACGUUAUCGCGUUCCAGUCUCCUCCUGAAACCUUGCGAAGUCAUGUUCUCGACUUGGAGACUAUGUCAGGUUAGAUUUUACAAUUUAGGUCCCCGUUGUGACUUAUGACAUCUUUUGCUUACGAUGUCCAGGAUUUGAAAUUUCAAGUUCUAAAGAACAAUCGCGAGUACUCGGCUAUCUUGUUUACUUUGAUUGCCCUGUUUGGUUGUAAUGUUCUCUAUUCUUGUUGAAAAUAUUUGCAGCUCGGAUUAUGUUCAAGUGAGGGGCAAAUCUGAGAGUAUAGAUUGGAAAUUUUGUGGAAAGCAUCAACCUUUUGCUGUCACCUUCACUGAAAGUUCUUUUACAGUGCGUCUGUAUUCAGAUAAUGGAAUAGAGGAAAAGGGUUUCUACGCUCGAUAUCUUUUGGUGAAGCAGGAAAUAGAUCUUGGUAAGGAUAAGAGGUGCAAUCGCUUCCAAAAUCCCACAUAGAUAAACAUAUUGUUUUGCGGACUAAGAAAUGCUUGCAGCACAAACAAAAUUUUAAGAGUUCGCUUGACAUUAUUUUUCCAUAUCUAAAGUUCACAUACAUUAUGGAUGACAACAAUUAUUGGCACGCGUCCCGAAACACGGGAAAAUAUCUCAAAGUCUUCAGCAGCAUAGCGAGCUCAGCGCUGUCACAUGGCAAGGUGAUUGAAGGUGACAGAUAAUUCGUCACCCCCACCUCAGUUUGAAAUCUUGCUGUACGUAUUAUAAAACUCUCUCUUGUUUCCGGUAUCCAACUAAAUGAUACCUAACUGCAUUUCUCAGUUUUCUAGAUGGCAACCAUAGCCUUGAGUUACAUAGGUCAGUGGGCUGGGCAUGAGUUGAUGAUUAUUCCUUCACGCUUCAGAUAUAGCGACGAAAGAGGAGAAUACUAUUUCAGCAUCAGCUGUAUUAGAGUGGAAAAAGACGCAAAAUGUGGGUGAAUUGAAGGGUUACAUUGUAAUGUACAAGUCGUCUCAGUUUUCGACGUAUUGGAAUGUUAUACGGACGAAUGAUACUCAAGUAUCGCUCAAAAACAUUCAGCCAAGAACAGAAUAUACCGUCAGAGUGCUACUCUUGUCAGAAGUCACCUACAUGAGUCAAACGUUCACCCUAGAAACUGGCGUAGGUAAGUUUCCACUAGAUGUGAACAGUUCAGGAGAUCUUGAUCAAGAUCUGACUUUAAUCUGCCCGACUGCUAUCCGCGAAAACAUUAGUUGACAUAUUGCGAUGUUAGAGAUAAAAAUUCAACGACUUGUUCGCGGAUUGCCGCCAACUCGAUACCAUUUGCAAACUCAAAUAAUAACAUUCAUGAUCGUGAUUGUUGUAACACAGAAAAAUUUUAAAAGCCUUCAUUUCUUUCUGUUGCAACAAAAUUACUGAAAAGAGAAAACAGUCACUGGUAAAGAAAAGUAGAAAAACGAAGAAAACAGGGUUAGCGAGGUUAUAACUUGAUUCAAAGUAAAUUAGUGAGGAUUUAUUGAAGCCCUUGAUUCACCCAUAAGAGGCUUUAGAAUUUUAUUUCGUCCACGUUUUAUUAAGAGUUUGAUCUUCACCCCGGACAGUCUCAAAAUGAAUGUGUUAUUGACCAGGCCUGAAGUCGAGAUGGUUGGAUAUUGGCCGUGAACCGAGACGAAGUUGAGGUUCAUAAAGAACGAGAUGUGCCCAUCUCGCUCGCUCGGGUAGCCAACCAGAACACAUGAUCUGCUUCAUAUCGCUCACGGGUACUGCCAGCGAUGUAAUAGUUAUGUAUAUAGGCGAAACUGCGAUGAAAAUGUGAGAUAUUUAUGUAUAAACUCAAUUGCUCGGAGUAAGGAAGCAAUGUCUUACGCUACCAGGAAAAACGACGCACAAUGUAAUGUUAUUUAAAAUUGCAUUCAUACUCACAUGGCUCAUUUUCACUUCUUGAUUCAGUGAAAACGACGGGGGAGCCGGCAAAUACACCGAGUCCGACAACGGAAGGUAAAAUGCUAUUAAAAUUGGUUAAAGUUGGUUGCUUUCACAGCUAAGAAAUUAUUAUUCAUUACAAUAAGGUUGAUUAAUGUUUCUUUUUCCUUUGAAGUAAAACUAUAACAAUAGGUUAAGCUACCUGACAGCAUUAACCUGGCAUAUAAACUCCGCCACGCUCCUUUAUAUCGUGACGAUGGCGGUUUGCUUCCUGACGCCUAUUUACACCUCGUCAGAAAAAAGACUAAUUAGUGACCAUAUAAAAGGACCUCUUGUUGCAGCGUUUAGAUCACCCCUGAUGAAGGCACUAGACAGGAGAGUCGAAACGUUGGGUCUAUGAAUUGUAACUUCUUCGGUUACAUUCAUUAAAUCUGUAAACCAGAGUAGCAUCAAACCAUGUCUGAUUGUCCACCUGGUUGCCGUGUGAACUUUCAUAUAUUUUAUUUGCGAGAAGAGUAUGGUCAAACUGUUGUUACAAGGGUCAACCGGCUCGCGAACAUCAGAGUCCGCAUUGCUAAGUAUCGCUGUCAUUUGUAUUUCAAUCACCGUUGUAAAGAAAACUAUGUGCUUCCAUCGAGCUUGAGAUUUCGGCCUCAUUUACGGAGUGCCAAAGGAUACAAGCUCAUCUUCCGUUCUGGUUUUUCUUUUCUUAAGCUACGAAUAGAUGAAUGUCACAGUGCCACACUGCGUUUGCGUGCGUUAUUCUCUCGUUCACUCUGUGAACUCUCUGCUUUGAUUAACAACUCCGAAACUUCCUGGGUCGAAGAGUUCUGCAGUUCUCGAUGAAAGGGAACCAGCGACUGGUAUUGCUGUUAUUCCUUACAUUCAGGGUGUUACGGAACUCAUCAAGAGAAUUUUGAAUAGCCACAACGUUAAAGUUGCUCAAAAACCUUUUCAGACUUUGGGGCAUAUUUUCGCCAAACCUAAGGAUCCUGUCACGAAAGAACAACGAACCGACGCCAUUUAUUCUAUUCCUUAGCUUGCAAUGACUGUGACAACGAAUACAUCGGACAGACCAAACGUCAGUUUGGUACACGUUUAAAAGAGCAUCAAAAAGCGGUUUUCUUUUGCAAAAAGGAAAAUUCUGCUUUAUCGGGGCACACAUGCCUAACUAACCUUACAAUUGGGUGGGAUAAUUCUAAAAUUAUCACCACUAAUCGGCGAUACCACCAGCGCCUUUGUUUGGAGGCUUGGCAUAUAAAUUCCGACCAGGCUCCUUUAAAUCUUGACGAUGGCGGUUUGCUUCCUGACGCCUAUUUACACCUCGUCAGAAAAAAGACCGCUAAUUAGUGACCAUAUAAAAGGACCGUCGAAACGUUGGGUCUAUAAAUUGUAACUUCUUUGGUUACAUUCAUUAAAUCUGUAAACCAGAGUAGCAUCAAACCAUGUCUGAUUAACCUGAGUUGCUCUUAACUUUGAGGCUGAUAGGGUGAUCUUUCUUCAAACAAUUAGAUUAUUUUCGCAACUACCUCGCGAUAGCAUUCUUGAGAUCAUAAUCUAAUUGUUUAGUGGAUAAAAAGUAAUGUAGCCGUCACAUUUUAGAGUACAUCUUGUGAAAGAACACUGUUCAAUCUUUGAAAAAUUCAUAGUUUUCGAUAAUUUUGAUGUAAAAAUGGUGCUUUUCGAAACGUUGUAUUUGAAUUGCCUCAUUGCAUUACUUAUAUUAGGACCGAUGCAGCUCAUGUAUCCCUACGGUUCUUCCGCUGGUGAUUCGGAAAUUCCAAACACGUAUGAGUACUCGUGGCAAUGUUUCAAGGUCGAUAUUCCGGACGAUGGAAUGCAAUUCUUCGGCAAACGUCAUUACAAAGUCCACGUACGUAUAUAUCUUCUUGCAUUCGAUUUCAAUUAAAUAGUCUGACAAUCGCCUGACAAUCGUAACAUGACUGUGGAUUGUAAUGUCGGUUGCCUUGUUACCAUUUUUCUUGAAGAUGCGAAGGUAUCCUUUCUAACCUUUUCCUUUGAGUUUUUUUCUCGACUCGAUUAAUCUAUUACCUUGUAACCAAUUCAAAGCAUUCAAGGCGUAUUUGCCGAUGAAAACUAAUAAUCGUAUACCUAAUCUAUCAGGUCUUUCCCACGCUUUCUUGGACAGUCAUUCUUUUCUAAGCUUAAAAGGGUGUGUUGUAGUAACAUAAUGCAAUUAACUUGUAAAUUAUCUCCCAAAGUAAUUCUCACUGGAAUCAAUGCCCAUAAGAAAAAAGCCGAGUUUUGUCAAUUAAUUUAAAAUUAACCCAACCCUACUCUCUCUUUAAGAUCUGUCGCAACGGAUUGCUGCUGUUUGAUUCACAAUGGCUUCCCUGGUGGCCUUACAAUUUCGGGGAACGUUGGUGGCUCAAGAAAAAGGCAAUGUUGGCGCCGUAUUGGGGUUUGACGGAUAUAGACGAUUCUUUUGUGAUUCAGGGCUUUUCUAAAGUUUAUUAUCACGUGUAUUCAGAUUCCGACCCAAGCUCUGCGCCUUUGUUGAAGAGGGCCUCUUCGGACACAAAGAGGCUGUUGUCGACUCCUUUGCCGACCGCUUUCAAGGCAUCAUGGGUGCUAGUGGUAACGUGGAAAAAUUUACGUCCGUAUCAGUACCCUGCGAAUAUGGCAAACCAGGUAAAAGUAUAGCUAAUUUUACGAAUGGACAAGAUGUUCCACGGGUCUUAACACAGCAACGCUAAGAUUGUACUGAGGCAAGAGCGGUACCUUCUCUUUUAAAGGAAGAAUACGUGUUGCGAAAUCAAGUCUGAAAAUUGCGCCUAACACUUUUAACGAGAAUCGAAAACAAAGAAGUUUCACAAAAAUGCAAAUUAGUGUGAUCUCCCGAUGUGAAGAGAUCUCCUCGAAAAGAUCUAGAUCUUUGCUCAGAAGCCUUGUCACUAUGUUCGGGGGUAUUAAUCUUAUGCUGAUGGAGGAAGAAACUAUACACUCGCUAAUAAGUUUCUUUAAGAAAUGCAUUUUUCUAAUACUUUAAAACCCUGAAGAUAUUAUAUUUAACACGGCACCACGUAAUUUACUCACUUUAUAUAAUAAACAGCAAAAUGUUGUUAAUUAUGAAGUCAUCUGGGCAUUUGUCCUCCAAUACAUCAUAAGUAUUAAUCAAUCAAAAUUCGUGUAUGGUUCAGUUUAUCAUAUAAAUUCUUGUUUAUUACUUAUCAUAUUGAAUCCAUAGGGAAAUACGUUUCAGUUGGUUUUGAUCACAGAUGGAGUGUACUCCUUCACGAUGUACAAUUAUCCAAGCAAUGGCCUGCAGUGGUCCGCUCCAACCCAGAGGUUUGCUCAGUGUAAAGGUCUUCGUAGUUCAGAGUUUCUUGAAAAAUGCUGUCCAUGGAAGAAUAAGCUUCUCUAUUUGUCUAUAUCAAAAAUAUCAAACAAAGAGUUUCGCACGUAUGGAGUCCGUCUGAAUAUAAUUCUAUAAAAAUAUUUUCUCACGUUACAAUUUUUUAUCAGCUAUUGUUGUUUUUUUAGUAUUUGACACAAUUCGUCAGUACAAAACCACUUCCAAAUGAUCAAUUAAAGUGUAAUAUUCCAAUAAACUGGCAUCAUCCAUUCCAUUCAUACUGCUUGAAUUGCAUUAAAACAAUACAGUUACUUUUACAAUUCUCCAUCAGCAAACUGCAUGAAAAAAUGACCUCGCGACCAAUAUGUGGAACGAGAAUACGCUACCUUGCAGUAGACAAAGCACAAAAUCAGUUAUACUUAGGACUUUUUUUGUAACAUGAUCUAAGGGAAUGCAAUUACCCUAUUUAUGGUACUAAAACUGGGAUUCCCCCCGAAACUUGAGACGUCAAGUUAAUACCAAAGGAUCUCCUCGAAAUUAGAAGUUGUUUUGAUGAGCAAGACACUAUUUACUGUCUAAGAAGCUUAAUGGACUAUUGCUUGAUGCAGCAACUGACUCACAAUCUGAAGUUAGAACUCUGUUCAUCUCUCAACACAAGAGUUAGUGCAUGAAUUAUACAAGCGAAUUCCAAAGGUUUAAAAUAUGUCACUCAGUUAGCAACCUCAUCGCGGUUCUAUGGCUGCCUUUACCUAGCUGUGCAAUUUUGAAAGAGUUGUUUUCAGAUUUUUUUUUUCGUCUCCAGAUGAAAGUAAUAAUUGUAUUUCUGUUGCAGAAUGUACUAUCGAUAUUAUUCCAACUCAUAUGGGUUGCCUGUGGUUGGUUGGAAUGCUGGAGACAAGGGAGAAAGGAAAUAUAACAUGCCACGGUAGGUUGUGUUGUUAAGGAAAUAGCUUUAUCUUUUAAUUGGGUGGUAGAAAAUCUGAUCGAUGAGGAAGUUUCCCGUUUGUCUCUUUCCUAGAUCGGGUACUGUCAACAUAGAAACAAUCGACGGAAUAAGAGGUAACGCUGACAUGGUUGGGAAGUGGUUUUUCAGACUAGAAGAAUCCCUCGGGAAACUUAACGCAAGACAGGAGUGCAUUGACUGGUUCAAAGCUCAACCAGAUCCUCGAUUCUACACUGAAUACAUCGAACCUUGUCCUUGUGUCCUGCGACAAGCAUGGUGGGACGAAAGGUUCACAGUGAACUGGAGAGACUGGCAAAGAAUGUGUGGCUACGCUCAGUUCCCCUCACCACAUGGGUGGGGCCAGGAAUGUUGUUACUCUACUAACGGGCAAAGCUGGGGUGCACUGCUUGUGGGAAAUCCUGGUGGAGGUUCAGCACAUAGAUACCACAAGUUAACUGAGGAAUUGAGAGUUAAACACGACUCGAGCGAUGUACAAGGCUAUCAAAAGUGCUGCGUCAACUCAGACUUGUGUGACUUGUAUUACAAGAGACGCCCUUCCGAUGAUUGCGGAAAUUAUGUAGUACCAGAAUGGAGUAAGGAUUUUAUCUAAAACAUUAUUAUGCACACACAUAAUUUUUGCUCUCGGUAGAAUCUUAUCAUCAAGGCAUUCUGCUUGCCUUCCAGUUGUUUGCAUCAAGAUAUCAUUAAUUUCAUGAAUAUGUCUCAAAUAAUUUUUUCUACUUUUAGGUUGGCUCUGGGGUGACCCUCAUUUUGUCACUCUUGAUGGCAAAAACUACACCUUUAAUGGUCUUGGUGAAUACAUAAUGACCGAUGCUCGUGACGGAUUUUUCCAGUUACAAGCUCGGACGAAACUGGCAAAAGGGGACGGAACAGCGACAGUGUUUUCUGCUGCAGCUGCGAAGGAAGGCAAUUCUAGUGUUGUCCAGAUUGAGUUGAACGAUGCAGGUCAGUAACUAAACAAAAUGCAAUGGUUAGAAUGGAUUACUAAAUCUUCUGCCAUCUGAAGGUUUCCUCAAUUUUAUCGUAACUUUUUAUUGUCCGAUCUUGAUCUUUUCUACGUACUUAAACAACCAAAUUCUUGGAAAUAAGUGAAAAGAGAUUUUUCUGUUGGUGCGUGUUCUCGUCAAAUGAUCUUAUCGACUAAUUCUAUCCACAGAAAUAAGCGUGCUGAUUGAUGGAGAGUCCUUUAACUACACUAGCCUUUCAAACGAAUCUGUUACACUCAAGGGCUCUGUUGCUGUUGCCAAACCUGACAACAACUCCUUUGUAAUGGUUUUUCCGUCGGGGAUAUCAGUCACAGCGAAAGCUGUUUCGGGAGCACUUUCAAUUGUACUUGCUGCACCAAAGAGCUUCAAAAAUCAAACAAAGGGCCUGUUAGGAAGAUGGAAUGAUGAUCCUGAAGACGACUUUUUGACGCCUAAUGGAACCAUCUUGCCUUCAAACGCGAACAGCAAGGACAUUCAUUACAAUUUUGGUCUCCUUUGUGAGUAAAGUUUUCUUUCUUAUAAGGUCUAAUUGAUUUGAUAAUGCUAUUGUGGUAACUUUAUUUAGGAAGCACAGCUGAUGCAUUAAUAAGAGCGCUCACCUCCCACCUAGUCGACCUUGCUUUGACAAUUUUUCUCCAGGUCUUCCAGUUUUCCUCCCUCCACAAAAAACCAAAAUUCCAACCUUAGAUCGACCUAAAAACAGUGGAGAAGAAGAGCCGCCUUGUGGAAUUUUCAUCGCUAAAUUUCCCCUCAUCUAUUAUUUUUAUUAGUUUUAGCUGUAAAGUGACUAUUGUAUUUGACGUUAGCAUUGUUUGUUUUUUUUUUUGUUAAAAAAAAACUAUAUAUCUUAAUUGCUCGCCCACAUCUUUUUAAGUAGGUUUUAUUUACCUAUAUAUGUCAUUCAAAGUUUUUGAAAGUGUGCGCUUUGCUGCGAAGGGUCAGUGCCCUUUUAACUUAGUCGGUGAAGCAGAGGCAAAUUCAAUAUUUUGGAAAAAUAAAUUUUUCGCGCUUCUCAUAGAAGCUAACGUACUUCCAAUCGACUGCCUAGGACGGCAGAUUUAAACUACCGUAGUUAUGUAGCUAUAGGACGCCCUCGGCUAAAAGAUGCACCCCAACUUGAAAAAGUGCAGUCUUUGAUUAUUCACGGAACUGGAGCUAGUAGUGUUCGUUAUACCGUAAUUGAUAGCCGUCGAGGAGUUUAUGGUUUCUAAUCCUUUUUGUAAUCCUUAGAUUGACAAAGAAUUAUUUGAUUACAUUGAAGCUUUUCCCCAUUUUCCUCUUUAAUAGGGCAGGUAGACAACAGAUCCACACUUUUUACAUACAAACCAGGAGAAAGCCUGAAAACUUUCGAAAAUGAAUCUUUUGUCCCUAUGUUUCUGGAAGACCUCUCCUUCCCAAAUGACACAUUGCGCAAACAAGAUGAAAAAUGGGCUUUUUGA